UAAUAUUCUAUCAGUUUAUGAUGUAUCAUGUAAUGUGCCUUAUAGUGUUCCAUAUAAAUUUCAUAAUUUUUUAUUCCCUAUUUUUGGGGUAUAAUUUGUAUUCUCUAUUUGCUUUAAGCGUUUUUUUAUGUUGUGCUUGUCAUUUGUCUACUAAUAUUGUUUUCUAUACAGGUUUGUAAGGAUGCCUAGGAAACCAAGGUACAACAUUAUACGGGAACCCCCGAAAGAUGCCGGAACUAAUGCCGGUAUUGAAGAGACAACGGUUGGGUCCAUGACUAGAGGAGCUCAGACAUCACGGGAGCAACCACGUGAUAGGGCUCCUCCGAUUUCAUCCUCAGCUAAUAGAGCUCCGGCAACCCGUAUGAAUGAACCGUUUUGUGCACCGCGCAUCGAUCAUAGGAAUGCACAGUCGAGUACUGCUGAUGACCCUCAAACUCCAACAGACAACAUAAAGACUCGGCAUCGCACGGAAGUGGCUGAUCAUAAAUUAGGGGAUGAGAAUUACGACCCAAAGGCGGAUGAAGUUCCGUCGUUUGAUGACCACAUCGACGACUUGUUUGCUGCCCAAGAAGUAGAAGGUCAGCAUAACAACAAGAAAGCUAAAGAUACAGAUUUCUGGGAAGUUACUGUUAUCGAGGAUGGCGUGAGAAAAGUUUCUAAGCUGAGCAUGAAUGAGGCUAUAACCCUCCCUUCCAAUACAAAGAUAGUACUCCCAUUUAACAGUGAGCUGCAACCGAUUGGUCAGGCGGCAGGAUUAUUGAGUGGUUUCAUAGGGAGUUUGGGUGCGGAUUAUUCCCAGUUCCUCAUACACUUACACAGUUGGAAGCUGGUGAGCAAAGCAAAGAGGGAAUAUGCGUACGACAUGCUUAAGCGGGUCUUUUACAAUGAGAACGAUACUGGAAGAAAAAUAAAGCGCGAUAUUUUGAAGAGAAUAGAAAAGAACUAG